AUGCUCUCUUUCACCACGGCUUUCGUUGCUGCGGCGGUGACGGCCGGCGUCCUCGCCAGCCCUGCAGCGGCGCCCGAUGCGAUUGCUAAGCGCAAUACUCCCAACGGGCAGGGAACCAACAACGGCUUCUUCUACCAGUUCUGGGACGAUGGCUCCAGUGGCACUACAACCUACACGAACGGCGCGGCCGGCUCAUACUCUGUCAACUGGCAGAAUGUCGGUGAUUUCACUGCUGGUAAGGGCUGGUCAAAGGCUGAGCCCAGGACCAUCAACUUCUCCGGCACUGUGAACUGCGCGGGUAACUUCUACCUUGCCGUCUACACUUGGUCCGGCCAAGGCGAGAACUAUAUCCUCGAGGACUACGGCAGCUACAACCCUUGUUCUGGCGGCAAAAGCAAGGGUACACUGCACAGUGACGGAAGUGACUACGAAGUCUGCCUGGUCGACCGGGGCAACAACUACCUCCAGAACUGGUCUGUUCGUAAGAACAAGCGUUCCUCCGGUACGGUGACCACGGCCAACCACUACAACUACUACCAGUCUCAGGGCAUGACCCACAACCCUCUGAGCAGCGCUGCUUAUCAGAUCGUCUCCACCGAAGGCUAUGGCAGCAGCGGCUCUGCCUCGAUCACCGUCUCCGAGGCUGCUAGUGGCUCGGGCUCGGACUCGGGCUCAGGUUCAGGUUCGGGCUCGGGCUCGGGCUCUGGUACAGCUACCACUUCGAGCGCGUCGUCAGGCCCUACCUCUGGUGGUAGUGGGAGCUGCUCUCCGCUCUGGGGUCAGUGUGGUGGCCAGGGCUGGAACGGUCCUUCGUGCUGUGCCUCGGGCAGCUGCAAGGUUACCAAUGCAUGGUACUCCCAGUGCCAGUAG